CCAGAGGCUCCGCAUAAAAACACAAUUCUGCAAAAGCUCUCUGAAACAUCGCAUCGAAAAAUUGCGCAACACUUUCGUUUUUGAUAAUCAAAAUUCACCGAUUUAACAGAAAAAUGCUCAAGUUGUCGGGUGGAUUUAGGUACUUAAUAAUCUACGCUAUGCUUUAUACUACUUGUAUUAGAACUCCUGGAGCUAUGGGGUCGACUGGAACCGAGAAGAAUGAAGGCAAGUCCGGAGGUGUAAGUUGGCUUUACGUCAUUGGUGGAGCAGCUGGAGCAGUCGUGGGAGCUCCAUUAGUAGUCGGAGCUCUUGGUUUCACAUCAGUUGGAAUAACAGGUGGAUCUACUGCUGCGUGGAUGAUGAGUUUAUCAGGAGGUGCUACAAAAGCGGGAUCUAUUGUAGCUGGACUCCAGAGCAUUGGAGCAACUGGUACUGUCAUGGGGUCGACAGUGGCAACUGCAGCGUCUGCAGCAACUGGUGCAGUCGUUGGCGCCGGAGUUGCAAAAGCCACAAAAAGUGAUUAAGGAUUGUCUUGAAGUAUUAUUUUCUAUGUGCAUUUAUGUAAAAUUGUAUUUUAACGAUGGACUAUGUACCCUACGUAUAAAUAAACAUUUUUUUGGUUAA